AUGUUCUUCACCCGGCUGCUGCACGAAUUUCUCUUCGCCCAACAGCCCUGGGGAGCCGGGAGUUUCGUGCCGAGCACGGACAUCCGCUUGCAGCCUGCCGCCCUCCACUGCAGUCGCCUCGUGAUGCUCCAUGUCUUAGCGAACCCCUGUUUUCGGCAAGGCUGCGAGGAGACGGCAGACAGGAUGAUGUUUGCUGUCGGACGCAAUGCGCGUAUCACGAGGGAGAUGGCCCUGCUCGGCCCUGCUGCAGUUCAAAUGGUUGCGGAGCUGCUAAUGAAGUUGCAGUCCCAGAAAGAGGUCUGUCUGGAAGCGGUGACCUCCCUAACUCGCUUAUGGCUCAUCCUCCUGCAGCCUUGGAAAGCUCCGCGGCUCUACGCGUGGUACCUGACCCUGCGUCCGACGGAACCGCGGUUAGAGCCGCCGCAGCCCAGUACGACGAAGACAACGAGGCCUGUUGAUGUCGCACUUCUGGGCAUGGAGCCGGAGACCACUGGGGAGCCACCGGUGCCGCUGGUCCCAAAGGAGGCACUGGAGGAGCUACAGAGCUCCGUCAGCGCUGGCACGAGAUUUGCGGCUGCCGCGGGGCUGACCUCUGCCGGCCUGGCUAUGGCAGCAUCCACCGCCGCGACCUCCCAGCUGGUUCCAGGCGAAGGGGACCCGUCCUCUUGGCGCAACUACGUCCGUGGCUUUCAGGGCGCAUACCUCCUGCUGGAAGCCAUCCUGUGCACGCCCUUGCAUGCCGAGCUUUGUUUGGAGCUGGUACGCCAUGGGGCGGGUUGGGACCGGAACGACAGCAUCUUUGCGAAUGUGGGGCUGACGGCUGCCAGGCCCUCUUCUGCAGGGAAUUGGGGCAACUCGCCGUCUCCUACAGCGGCCCAGCUCUUGAGGCAGCGCCACGCCAUUCAGGCGUUGAAGGCCUUGGGGCAAACUCUCCUCGCCUUCGAUGGCCAGCUCCUGCAGAUUCUGCAGAAACUGCCGCCUGACUCCGGCCAGUGGCUGGCUGAGCGAGGGAUUCCGCUCGAGUCACCGAUGCUCCCCAUCUUCGAGGAGAACAGCAUCCGGCCGCAGCUGAUGCGAGCCGUUUCCAUCACUUGGGCGGCUCUGCUCUCAGCAGCCAGCGUCCUGGAACUUCAGCCGUUGCUUGCGGCGAUUUCCCGGCAGCUGCAACAUGCAUCUCUGUGGGUUCCCGGCCGUUUUCCGGCGCUGGAGGACACGAACAAGCAUCGGCCGUUUGCACAACAAGUGCUGCAAGAGCUGGGACAGGGCUCGUCCCUUGCCUCCAGCUCACCACCAAGAGCUCCCUCCGCAGCGGUUGCGGCGCAGACGGCAGCUGCGACGUUGCCGUCCGUGGAAUUCACGGGCUCCGAGUGGCAGCGUCCGCUUAGGGGUGGCGAGUUCGAGCCGUUCCUGUGCCUGUCGUACUGGCUGGCCAACGCCAUAGACCAGGCACUGGGUCGCCCACCGCUGCGCACGGGCUGUGGCCCCGUGCCGCAGACCGAGUGGCCCCGCAUGUUUGCCAACUGGAAGCUCACGAUUUGCGUGAAUCUCAUCCUUUUCUUGGCACUCUGGUGGUGA